ACUCACCCGCAGCUCCAUGCUUGUGCCCGGCUCCGCUCGUCCAUCGUCGGAGAAGAGGCAGCCCAUGAGGCUCCCAGUCCCCACUGAGUGCCGCCCUGAAGGAUGUCCCAGCUCUCCUCCACCCUGAAGCGCUACACAGAAUCGGCCCGCUACACAGAGGCCCCUUAUGCCAAAUCGGGCUAUGGCACCUACACUCCCUCUUCCUACGGGGCCAACCUGGCUGCCUCCUUCCUGGAGAAGGAGAAGCUUGGUUUUAAGCCAGGCCCCCCAACCAGCUUCCUCACCCGUCCCCGUACCUAUGGUCCCUCCUCCAUCCUGGACUAUGACAGGGGCCGCCCCCUGUUGAGACCUGACAUCAUUGGGGGCGGUGGUAAACGGGCCGAGAGUCAGACUAGGGGCACUGAGCGGCCUUCAGGGAGUGGACUCAGCGGGGGCAGCGGAUUCCCUUAUGGAGUGACCAGCAACUCCCUCAGCUACCUGCCUGUGAGUGCCCGCGAGCAGGGUGGAACCCUGGCCCAAAAGAAGUCGAACAGUCAAUCAGACCUGGCCCGGGAUUUCUCCAGCCUCCGGACCUCCGACAGCUACCGGAUGGACCCUGGGAACCGGGGCCGCAGCCCCCUGCUGGCCCGCACGCGCAAGGAGCUCUGUGCCCUGCAGGGGCUCUACCAGGCAGCCAGCCGCUCUGAGUACCUGGCCGACUACCUGGAGAACUAUGGCCGAAAGGGCAGCGCGCCUCAGGUGCCCACGCAGGCCCCUCCCUCACGAGUCCCCGAAGUCCUCAGCCCCACCUACCGACCCAGUGGCCGUUACAGUCUGUGGGAGAAGAGCAAGGGCCAGGCCCCUGGGUCCAGCCGCUCCAGCUCCCCAGGGCGAGAGACCAUGAAUUCUAAGAGCGCCCAGGGUCUGGCUGGUCUUCGAAACCUUGGGAACACGUGCUUCAUGAACUCCAUUCUGCAGUGCCUGAGCAACACCCGGGAGCUGAGGGAUUAUUGCCUGCAGAGGCUCUUCAUGCGGGAUCUCAGCCACAGCAGCAAUGCACACACCGCCCUCAUGGAAGAGUUUGCAAAACUAAUCCAGACCAUAUGGACUUCAUCCCCCAAUGAUGUGGUGAGCCCAUCUGAGUUCAAGACCCAGAUCCAGAGAUAUGCGCCACGCUUCGUUGGCUAUAAUCAGCAAGAUGCUCAGGAGUUUCUUCGCUUUCUUCUGGAUGGGCUCCACAAUGAGGUGAACCGAGUGACAGUGAGGCCCAAGUCCAACCCUGAGAACCUCGAUCAUCUUCCUGAUGAUGAGAAAGGACGACAGAUGUGGAGGAAAUAUCUAGAACGGGAAGACAGUCGGAUUGGGGAUCUCUUCGUUGGACAGCUAAAGAGCUCCCUGACGUGUACGGACUGUGGUUACUGCUCUACAGUCUUUGACCCCUUCUGGGACCUCUCACUGCCCAUCGCUAAGCGAGGUUAUCCUGAGGUGACUUUAAUGGACUGCAUGAGGCUCUUCACCAAAGAGGAUGUGCUUGAUGGCGAUGAAAAGCCAACAUGCUGUCGCUGCCGAGCCAGAAAACGAUGUAUAAAGAAGUUCUCCAUCCAGAGGUUCCCAAAGAUCUUGGUGCUCCAUCUGAAGCGGUUCUCAGAAUCCAGGAUACGAACCAGCAAGCUCACAACAUUUGUGAAUUUCCCGCUAAGAGACCUGGACUUGAGAGAAUUUGCCUCAGAAAACACCAACCACGCUGUUUACAACCUGUACGCUGUGUCCAAUCACUCUGGAACCACCAUGGGCGGCCAUUAUACGGCCUACUGCCGGAGUCCAGUGACGGGCGAAUGGCACACUUUCAAUGACUCCAGCGUCACACCCAUGUCCUCCAGCCAAGUGCGCACCAGCGACGCCUAUCUGCUCUUCUACGAAUUGGCCAGUCCACCCUCCCGCAUGUAGCAGCGAGGAGCUACAUCCCUUUCUCCCUUCCCCGUGGUGGCCCCACACCCUAAGUUUUUUUUUUUAAGACAAAAAAAAAACCUGACAAAUAAGAGAAAAAUAAAGUAAACUAAAGCUGCCGAGCAGGAGUUGCUGCAGCCUGGUCAGGGUCUGGAGCAGGGAGCCGGGAGCUCCUGAGCCACACCUGGCGUGGAGAUCGACAGGACACAGAGCCUGGAGCCAGCACAGUGCCCCCUCGGCUUCUCUUGUUUUUAUUUUUAAGCUUGUGGUUUUUUUCCUGUGUGUAAUAAACAACGGCGGUCUGUGGGGAGAAG